GCCUUUCUUCUUGCCCAGCCUUGCUCUCGGCCUCCCCCUCCCCCUUCUUCCCCCGUUCCUGGGUUUUGUUUUGUUUUCUGCUGUAGGGGUUUUUGUGUCAGCCCGAGCUCAUGGGUGUACAUUAUCAUGCUCCUCUUUUGUAGAGCACCCCGACGGCCAUGGAGGCUGAAGAAACGAUGGAAUGCCUUCAGGAGUUUCCUGAACACCAUAAAAUGAUCUUGGAUCGAUUGAAUGAACAACGGGAGCAGGACCGGUUUACAGACAUCACCCUGAUUGUCGACGGACACCAUUUUAAGGCCCACAAGGCUGUUUUGGCUGCCUGCAGUAAAUUCUUCUACAAAUUCUUUCAGGAGUUUACUCAAGAACCUUUGGUUGAAAUAGAAGGUGUUAGUAAAAUGGCUUUUCGUCAUUUAAUUGAGUUCACGUACACAGCAAAACUAAUGAUACAAGGAGAAGAAGAAGCCAAUGAUGUGUGGAAAGCAGCAGAGUUUCUACAGAUGCUGGAAGCUAUUAAAGCCCUUGAAGUCCGGAACAAAGAAAACUCAGCUCCAUUAGAGGAAAAUACCACAGGAAAAAAUGAGGCAAAAAAAAGAAAGAUUGCAGAAACUUCCAAUGUUAUCACUGAAUCAUUGCCAUCUGCAGAGUCAGAGCCUGUGGAAAUUGAGGUGGAGAUUGCUGAAGGCACAAUUGAAGUAGAAGAUGACACCAUGGAGACUUUGGAGGAGGUGGCUUCUACUAAGCAGUCUAUAAAGUACAUACAGAGCACAGGUUCCUCAGAUGAUUCCGCACUAGCACUCUUGGCAGAUAUUACCAGCAAGUACCGACAAGGUGAAAGCAAAGAACAGAUUAGUGAAGAUGACUGUGCAUCUGACCCCAUAAGCAAACAGGAACACAUGAAAUCACACUCCACUGAGAGUUACAAGUGUGAAAUAUGCAAUAAAAGGUAUCUUCGAGAGAGUGCAUGGAAACAACACCUGAACUGUUACCACCUUGAAGAAGGUGGGGUGAGUAAGAAGCAAAGAACUGGGAAAAAGAUUCACAUAUGCCAGUACUGUGACAAACAGUUUGACCACUUUGGACACUUUAAAGAACACCUUCGAAAACAUACAGGUGAAAAACCUUUUGAAUGUUCAAAUUGUCAUGAGCGGUUUGCUAGAAACAGCACUCUUAAAUGUCACCUCACUGCAUGCCAAACUGGAGUGGGGGCAAAAAAGGGAAGGAAGAAGCUUUACGAAUGCCAGGUCUGUAAUAGUGUGUUUAACAGCUGGGACCAGUUCAAAGAUCACUUGGUAAUACACACUGGAGAUAAACCCAACCAUUGCACUCUGUGUGACUUGUGGUUUAUGCAAGGAAAUGAAUUAAGGAGGCAUCUUAGUGAUGCUCACAAUAUUUCAGAGCGUAUAGUAACUGAAGAGGUCCUUUCAGUAGAAACACGUGUGCAGACUGAACCAGUGACAUCGAUGACUAUCAUAGAACAAGUUGGAAAGGUGCAUGUGUUACCACUGCUUCAGGUCCAGGUGGAUUCAGCACAAGUCACAGUGGAACAAGUCCAUCCAGAUCUGCUCCAGGAUGGCCAAGUGCAUGACUCACCUAUGAGUGAGCUUCCAGAGCAGGUCCAAGUGAGUUAUCUGGAAGUGGGCCGCAUUCAGACUGAAGAGGGUACUGAAGUGCAUGUGGAAGAACUGCAUGUUGAACGGGUAAAUCAGAUGCCAGUUGAAGUACAAACUGAGCUUCUAGAAGCUGACUUGGAUCACAUGACCCCCGAAAUCAUGAGCCAAGAGGAGAGUGAGCCUAGCCAUGCAGAUGCUGCUGAGGCUGCUGUGGAAGAUCACGAAGAUGCGGAGGGGUUAGAGACUAAACCAAGAGAAUAUUCCCAAGCUGGAAAAGCAGAGGAUGACAGAACAUCUGUGCCAGUUUUAGAAUGAAAUAACAAUUGUAUUUUUAAAUUUACAUUUGGGGUAAGCUGAUGGGCAGUGUGACCUUAAGCUAUCAGAUAAGUGGACCAAAGUUAAACUAUUUCCUGUUGUGCUGAGCUGUUUCUAUGGAAACAGACUGAUGUCCUUCCUUCCAGUUAAUGCCACAGAGUGGGAAUAUCUCUUAUAAUGAGUGGGAGCUUUGAGAAGUAUAUUUCUGGUAACUUAAAUGAAUUAUAUUCUUAUUAUAGUUGGGUACGAAUGCAUCUAUUUUCAUUGUGGUAAGGGUCUCCGUAUUCUCUUCCCUAGGUCAUGUCCUUCCUUAAAUUCUUUGCAUAUUAUAAAAAUUAUACAUAAAACCAUUAGAAUACAUACAUUUGUAUUCUAAUGCAUGCUAGGAAAUUGAGUAUGUAGGCAACACAAAGCUGCAUGAGGGAAGUGCAUUGUUACUGUGCAGUUAAAUGUAGGGUCGGGCUGGCUUUAUUUUGAACAACAUUCUUGUCUAUCCAGUGGUUACAAAUGCUGUCUCCGAAAUAGAAACGGUGGUGGCAGAAUGUUAAAGAAAGGGGAAAAAAAAAAACAAAAAAAAAAACACCCUUGUGCCUUUUCAAAGCCAACAGAACUUCAGUAAAACAUCUCUGGUUCUUUCAAAGUUUGUGUUUUAAGGAGCAGUGAGAACUGCUCUGGUACUUGGUAUUUUUUGCUUAUAAUGACAACUAUCAAUUCUUUUUCCUUUAAGUUACAUUGAAAUGUUUUCAUUUAACGGCAGCUGAAGGGCCAUUUUCAAUUGCAAAAAUUCAUUUGCAUCUGUGGUAAACUUUAUUUGAUGAGAAGUUGCACUAGUAUUUUACCACCGGAUGAAAAAAAAUUAGAUGAGCAUCAUUUUUAAAUUAAUGUAUUUAAAAUAAAGUACAGAGGAAAAGUAUGUAUAUAAUAUAUCAGGCUUUGUUUUGAAUGGAAUCUUUUCCCCCCAAUCCUUAAUGUAAAGAUUUUGUGCUAUAACUUUUAAAGCCAUACAAAUAAGAGUGCUAAACUGUGGACUUAAAAGUAGGUGUGUAAAUAUUUUUAAUCAGUAUUACUUGGGAAAUAAAAAAUAUAGCAACCACAAAAUCAAUAUGCUAUUUUCUUUACCUGUUAAAUACUGGGAGAUAUUUACAUUUUAAAGUAAACUUUAAAAUUAUGUGUUCAUGA